AUGGUCUGGCCAUCACCACCAGCUUUAAAAAACCCGUCGUCUUCGUCUUCGCCUGCACCGCAUCGUCGUUUGUCUAUUGGUCGCCUGCAUCGCACUGCGUCUCCGUCUCCUGUUCGCACUUCUUCAAAUCGCAAUCCUGAUUCUUCUUCCUCUUCUGCGUCUUCGUCCAACCAGCGAGACUGGCAGCAUCAGCGCCAGCAGCAGUCGCUGGAUCUCAUCCCUUACGAUCCUCCUGCUCCUCCUUCUCCCUCGUUUGAACAACAUCAGUAUCAGUCUUCUCAGCAAUCUUUUUCUUCAAUGCCUUCAACCACCUACCAACUCAUGCCGGGAUCUUUCCACGACUUCGAACCCGACCUCCCAUCCUCCGAAGAAGAAGACAUGUUCCGUCUCGCUCAUGCUACCUCACCAUUCACCAACAUUUAUAACUCACCAUUCGAACCUCGAGAAGAGCUUCAAAUCCAACCCUUCUCCGUCCUCCCCUCUGCUCAACCCCACUCCAGCUUUCUCUCGUCUUCUUCUUCCUCGCCCCCAUUCGCAAACAUGUCCACCUACUCCACUCAAGCCGCAAGCUAUUCUCUCCCCUCACCACCAACUUCCCAGCUCGAACGACCUGAAUCGCCCUUCUCUGUCGACUCUCAGCCUACGCUCCGUCAGGGCGAUUCUCGAGUCCUUUCUCCACCGAUGAGUCCCAUACCAAGGCCCCAAAACAGAGUCAGUGGUGGAAGCGGUAGUGGCAGCAGACAUGCUCGGAACUCAGAGGAUGUUGAUACUCAGGCGCUCAACGCCGUUGUGGAUGGCAUUGGGAGGAUGCAAGUCAAUAUGAAUCUGGACCAAGCUGGGAGAUGGAGGAUUGCGCGACGGCCUGGUGCUCCUUGGUAA